AGUGGCUCGGGCGGGCGGUUCUCGCAACUUUAGUUUUGGCGUCUGAGGCGAGUUUCUGUCUCAGUCGGGCGCAGCCGCCGCCGGGGAAAAGAAAGGAAGGAAGGAAGGAACAAGAAAAGGAAAUAAAAGGGAAGGGGGGGGGGGGACGGCCAUUGGCUGGCCGGUCUCCGUCAGGGCAGCGAGGGGGAGAGCUCCCCAGCGCCGCAGGUCCGGGGCCCUUGCAGCCUCUCCCGAGGCGCUGCCGCCAGGCCAGCGGAGCCGGGGCGCGGGGCGGGGGCGGAGGCGCCGGGGCGGGGGAUGCGGGGCCGCGGCGCAGCCCCCCGGCGCUGAGCGCGACCAGAGCGCCUCGCUGCCCGCCGCCCUCGCCUUCUCUCCCGGCUCGGCCCGUCGAGCCGCGGCGCCGGGCGGAGCCCUCGCCCGCCUGGUUGGGGUGCGCGCCGGGGGAGGCGGAGAGCAUGGAUCCCGGGCAGCAGCCGCCGCCUCAGCCGGCCCCCCAGGGCCAAGGGCCGCCGCCCGCGCAGCCCCCGCCGGGGCAGGGCCCGCCGUCCGGGCCGGGGCAGCCGGCGCCCCCGGGGUCUCAGGCGGCGCCGCAGGCGCCGCCCGCCGGCCACCAGAUCGUGCACGUCCGGGGGGACUCGGAGACCGACCUGGAGGCGCUCUUCAACGCCGUCAUGAACCCCAAGACGGCCAACGUGCCCCAGACCGUGCCUAUGAGGCUCCGGAAACUGCCCGACUCCUUUUUCAAGCCGCCGGAGCCCAAAUCCCACUCCCGGCAGGCCAGUACUGACGCAGGCAGUGCAGGAGCCCUGACUCCACAGCAUGUUCGAGCUCAUUCCUCGCCAGCUUCCCUGCAGCUGGGAGCUGUGUCUCCUGGAACGCUGACCCCCACGGGAGUAGUCUCUGGCCCAGCAGCAGCACCCACUGCUCAGCACCUUCGACAGUCUUCUUUUGAGAUACCUGAUGACGUACCUCUGCCAGCAGGCUGGGAAAUGGCGAAGACAUCUUCUGGUCAGAGGUACUUCUUAAAUCAUAUCGAUCAGACAACAACAUGGCAGGACCCCAGGAAGGCCAUGCUCUCCCAGAUGAACGUCACAGCCCCCACCAGUCCACCAGUGCAGCAGAAUAUGAUGAACUCGGCCUCAGGUCCUCUUCCUGAUGGAUGGGAACAAGCCAUGACUCAGGAUGGAGAAAUAUACUAUAUUAACCAUAAGAACAAGACCACCUCUUGGCUAGACCCAAGGCUUGACCCUCGUUUUGGUAAAGCUAUGAACCAGAGAAUCAGUCAAAGUGCUCCAGUGAAACAGCCACCACCCCUGGCUCCCCAGAGCCCCCAGGGAGGAGUCAUGGGUGGGGGCAGCUCCAACCAGCAGCAACAGAUGCGGCUGCAGCAACUGCAGAUGGAGAAGGAGAGGCUGCGACUGAAGCAGCAAGAACUGCUUCGGCAGGUGAGGCCCCAGGCAAUGCGGAAUAUCAAUCCCAGCACAGCAAAUUCUCCAAAAUGUCAGGAAUUAGCUCUCCGUAGCCAGUUACCAACCCUGGAGCAGGAUGGUGGGACUCAAAAUCCAGUAUCUUCUCCUGGGAUGUCUCAGGAAUUGAGAACAAUGACGACCAAUAGCUCAGAUCCUUUUCUGAACAGUGGCACCUAUCAUUCUCGAGAUGAGAGUACAGACAGUGGACUAAGCAUGAGUAGCUACAGUGUCCCUCGAACCCCAGAUGAUUUCUUGAAUAGUGUGGAUGAAAUGGAUACAGGUGAUACUAUCAACCAAAGCACCCUACCCUCACAACAGAACCGUUUCCCAGACUACCUUGAAGCCAUUCCUGGGACAAAUGUGGACCUUGGAACACUGGAGGGAGAUGGAAUGAACAUAGAAGGAGAGGAGCUGAUGCCAAGUUUGCAGGAAGCUUUGAGUUCUGACAUCCUUAAUGACAUGGAGUCUGUUUUGGCUGCCACCAAGCUAGAUAAAGAAAGCUUUCUUACAUGGUUAUAGAGCCCUCACUCAGGUAGACUGCAUUCUAAAUCUGUGAAGGAUCUAAGGAGAUAAGACAUAUAUAUACCUGAAAUUUCCAAAUAAGCCAGUUGCAAUCUUCUGGCUAAUACAGAAAAAGAUGAACAAGCGUCCAGCAAGAUCCUUUCAACCAUUUUUUGCUCUUCCUUGUCCGUUGCUGCUGUUAAUAUAUUGCUGACCUCUUUCAUAGUUGGCCCUAAAGAAUCAAAAAAAAAAACUUUUUUCCUUUUUUUUUGUUUGUUUCUUUUGCUAUUAUAACUACUGUUCGUUUUGAGGGCUGGGGGAAGUGAGCCUGUUUGGAUGAUGGAUGCCAUUCCUUUUGCCCAGUUAGCUGUUCACCAGUCAUUUUAACUAAAUCCUCAGACUUGGAAGUCAAAUGCUUCAUGUCACUGUGUUUAGUUUAUUCAAGCAAUUGUUUCUUCAGCUGCCUCUGGCCAGUGGAAACACAUGACUUACUGGUCUGACAAGCCAAAAAUGUUGUAUUUGAUAUUAAGUGCUUAACGCUGAUUCGAAGUGAUAGCUGAAACCAGGGCUGAAGACUUCCAGUGUUUUGUAUUUUCCUCCUAGUGCUAUUGUUAGUCACAUAGUGAAUGACCUUGAUUUUAUUUUAGGAGCUUAUAAGGCAUGAGACAAUUUCCAUAGAAAUAUGUUAAUUAUUGCCACAUACUCUAGUAUAGUUUUUGGUGGGGUUUAUUGUGGGUUUGUUUGUUUGUUUUUGUUUAGGUUUGGUUGGGUUUUUUUUUUUCCAGAGCCUAGGCAAAUUACCAUAGCAGUGAGUCUGUUUAUAGUUGUAGCUUGGGACCGUUAUUGUAGUUACUUUGGUAAAAUCUACAUUUCCUGAUUUUUUGCCAUCUUAUUUAAAUCUUGAUUAUUUGCUCUCUAUAUACACACACACACACACACUUAUAAUGUUUAUAAUAGUGUGAUAGCAGAAUGUAUCUUUUUUUUUAAGGUUUCCCUACUUUCCAAUUUAUUUUAAAAUGGUAGCUUUGAAUGUAUGCAUUUAGAAUACAUGACUAGUAGUUUAUAUCUCACAGGUAGUUUAAAUCUGGUUGGGGCAGUCUGCAGGUGUUUGGGGUAGUUUAGUGUUCUAGAAAGGGCUAUUGUGGAUAGUGCCUAGAGGAGUCCUGUAUGCCCUCUGGGCACAGAAUAAACACUAUUUGAUGAAGUUGAAUGAAGCAAACAAGCUACGGCUUUAUUUUUCCCGUGUUAUUCCCUUGGACUAAUUUUAAGUCUUGAUGGGAAAUCACUGAGUAGGUUCAUGAUGUACAGGACAGAAGUAAGCUUUAUAUAGUGAUUUACCUUCCUUUAGCUUUGGAAGUUUAUCUUCACCUUAGUUUUGGAAGUAAAUUCUAGUACUUUAGUUUGCAUUUUGUAAUGAACACAUUAAAGACUACAUUGAAAUAUUGCCUGCAAGAUUUUUCAUACUUAUAAGACUUGCUCCUACUUCUGUAUGCUGAGAAUUGACCCUGGACAGUUACACAGAAUACUCUAAGGUUCAUAAGUUAGCUGGUAAAGUGAUCAGAUUAAUAAAUGUAUAUUGGUAGUUGAAUUUAGCAAAGAAAUAGAGAUAAUCAUGAUUAUACUUUUAUUUUUACAGGGAGAGCUAUAACUAGAGUAUGUAUCUAACAGGAGUAAUAGUGGUUUCCAAAGAGUGUUUUUUAAAGGAACAAAAUGAGCAUGAAUCAACUCUUCAAUAUAAGCUAUGAAGUAAUAGUUGGUUGUGAAUUAUAGUGGCACCAGCUAGCACCUCUGAUUGAGGGUCUAUCAAUGUUUCUAGAAUAAGCCUUUAUUUUCAAGGGUUUAUAGCAGACAUAAAAUUUAUUUUCAAGGAUUUAUAACAGACAUAAAAUUUAUUUUCCUGGAGAAAACUUCUAUGAAAAGCCUCAGCUUGGAAAGAUAGAUUUUUUUCUCUAAUUACAAAAUCUGAGUAUUUUGACCCUUCAGUUUAGAGGAAUGCUAAAGUUGGAAGUGAGAAGUUUUAUAUUAAGUGCUUUCAGUGCUCAAAAAUGCAAUCACUGUGUUGUAUAUAAUGAUUUAUAGAUCAGUCAUUUGUAAUAAUUGACACUAAGGCUUUUACUAAGAAAACAGCAGAAAGAUUAAAUCUUGAAUUAAGUCUGGGGGAAAAUAGCCACUGUGCAGAUGCAAUGAUUUUCUUUUUUUUUAGAGCAAUAAUGAAAUUCUACCUAGAAUGCGUAAUUGAGUAUAUGAAUGAUACAGCAUGUUGGUUUUUUAUGUGCAGAAGAUCAAAGCUACUUGGAAGGAGUGCCUAGAAUUUGCCAGUAAGCCACAAAUUAAGGUUGCAUCUUAUGUAUAAGCAGAGUAGCUUUAGGUUAGGGAAAGGGUGGGGAUGUGGGAGGGGGGUUGUGAGGACUUAGUGGGAUCUUGAUAGAGAACUUUAUGAGCUUCUUUUCCUUCAAAUAAAGACAUGUCUUGCAUCUUGCUGUCCUUAAAGGCAGUUGUUCCUAAUACUUCAGUCACUUAAGUACACCCACAACACAAGAAGAGGGAGUUCUCAUUUCCUCUUGACUUUAAUUUGCCCACUUAUACCUCACUGUGUAGCAGCACCAUGGUACCUGACAGACACAGUGCUUUGAUCUCACUGAACCCCGUACUGACCUGAAGGAGAACAAAGAGUGCUUCCUCUUCCCCAGUUUGCAUCACAGCCUUGAUGUGGUCUUUCUUGUUUUAUGUCCUUGUUCCUAAUGUAAAAGUGUUUAACUACUUCUUGGUUGUAUUGGGUAGCAUUGGGAUAAGAUUUUAACUGGGUAUUCUUGAAUUGCUUUUACAAUAAACCAGUUUUAUAAUCUUUAAAUUUAUCAGCAUUUUACAUUUGUGUUCUUUUCAGUUAGGGCUUCUUAGAUCUACUUAUGGUUGAUGGAACACAUUGGGAAUUUCAGAUUUUUUCAAAGCAUUAUUUGUUGUAAUAACUAUUUUCUAUAUAUGGUGCCUUUUUUAAGAAAAGAAAACAUAAGAAAGUGACUUACAUACAAAUAAUGUUGCGUUUUAAGUAUUCAUCUUAAAUAGAUGCGUUCUAUAUGGAACCUUGGCAGAAACACUGAAAAGUAACAGUAAUUAUAUAACUCAUAAUUCUUAUUAAUCAGUGUUGGAACACAAACAGUGAAAAAGAGGGAAGCAAUAUCCAAUGAUUAAAAAUUUUUUAGCUUUAGCACAUCUGAGAAAUGAGUACUCAGGUGAAUUUUAUCUUCUACAAGCAUGUUUUUGUAAGAAUUUUGGGUGUGUCUAUCUUAACAGUUAUUUUCUGUAUCUUGAAAAAAUACUCUCCACAUUUUAAAUGUUUUAUAUUAGAGAAUUCUUUAAUGCACACGUAUCAAAUAUAUAUAUAUAUAUAGUACCAAUAUUACCUUUUUAUUUUUUGUUCUAGAAAUAAGAGCAUGUUCAUAUGUUAGGUACUUAAACUGUUACAUUAUUUUUUUCUUAUGUAAUACCUUUUUGUGUGUUCAUGUGGUUCAAAUAUAUUCUUCAAACUCCU